AUGUCUAGUUCCUUUUCCGGCAAAGUAUACAUCGUCACCGGUGGUGCGUCCGGCAUCGGCCUCUCCACCACCAGAGCCCUGCUGCGCCGGGGCGCGGCCGUUGCUGUCUGUGACACGAACCAGGCCAGCCUGGCCAAGUUGCAAGCAGAGACGAUGCAAGGCGGUAGCGACGCGGCGAGACUCUUUACCCGCCAGGUCGACAUUGACAACCGCGCGGCCUUUCAGGCCUUUGUAUCCGCCGCCAAGGAAGCCCUAGGCGGCAGCAUCGACGGCUGCGCCAACGUCGCGGGCACGGCCGGGCGGCGUCUCGGGCACGAGACCAUCUGGGAGGUCGAUGACGCAGAGUAUGAUGCCAUCAUGGACUGCAACGCCCGCGGCGCAUUCCAUGUGCUCGCCGAGACGCUCCGGCCGGGCGUCUUGCGAACACCGGGUGCCAGCGUCGUGCAGGUGUCGAGCAUGUAUGGCUCGCGUGCGUUUCCCAAGGGUAGUGUAUUCAGUGCAAGCAAGCACGCUGGCAUCGGACUGGCGAAGAGCGCCGCUGUCGAGGCGGCCACGCGUGGGAUCCGCGUCAAUAUUGUGUCGCCAGGGCCGAUUGACACUCCCAUGCUUCGGGCGAACCAAAAGCAUGGCGGUGAGGGCACGGCGCCAGAGGUGCCAGCAGGUCGGCUGGGCGAGGCGGAUGAGGUCGCCGACGUUAUUGUAUUUCUACUGAGUCCGGAGGCGGGAUAUGUCACAGGAGCGACAUGGGCGGUGGAUGGAGGCGCCAACUGCUGA